AUGGAGCAAGUGUUAAAUGGAGCAUACUCGGACUCGCAGCCGACAUGCCCGAAAUUGACCCUAGCGUCACUUGUCAGUUGUCACCAGCUGACAGUGGAUCCCGGUGUGAGCGAUGUAGCCCAGCGACGUAGAAAGCAGUCUCCUGAAAAAUCAGAGGCUGCAGAAAAAGCUCUCUUACAAAAGGCGACAAAGUUCAAGUGGAAAGACGAGUACGAGACCGCUUUAAAACAUAUCAAAGAGACCCUCUCAGCACCUCCAGUUCUCUCACGACCCGAACAAGGUGAAGUACUGUACCUGUACCUUUCUAUUUCUUCUGACGCGGUAAGCGCCCUCCUCAUCAGAGAAACAGCGGAGGGUCAAAAACCAGUCUACUUCACCAGCAAAGCGUUUUUAGGGCCGAAGACGAGGCAAAUCUUGGGUCGCCCUUACGUCGCUGAACGGAUGAUGAAGUGGUCACUCGAAAUGCCAGAGUUCGACAUAUGCUACGAAUCCAGAAAGGCACUGAAGUCGCAAGUGUUCACAGACUUCAUUGCCGAGAUGACCUUCCCGACGGAAGAUAACAUAGAAGAAUGGACCGUCUUUGUAGACGGAUCAUCCAACUCCAAAGGAAGCGGAGCUGGAAUAAUCAUAGAAAACAACAAAGGUAUCGUUGUUGAAAUUUCUCCUGGCUUAUCUUUUCCUAUAACCAAUAAAACUACAGAAUACGAAGCCUUCUUAGCUGGCCUGCGGACCGCCCAGGACUUGGGGGCCAAAAAGGUAAAAAUCUUUACCGACUCUCAGUUAGUGGCUUCCAAAGUCACAGGCGAGUUCCAUGUCAAAGAGGAGCAACUAGUACUCGAGAAAAUGAAAGAAUUUGAAACUGUCGAGCUCGCCAGCACACGGACUGCAAGCGGAAACAAAAACGUCAUAGAAGUAGUCUUCAACGAACCAAGCGUUAAGAGGCAGAAGGCUCAUCUCCACGAAAUCAACUCAAUCAUUGGGAUAGAGGAUUGGAGAGGACCCAUUUCUCGUUACAUAGCUAACGGGGAACUCUCUUCCGAUCCGCAAGAAAGAACAAGGCUACAACGAAGGGCUUUCUCAUUCACUUUAGUGGAACGAAUCGUAUGCAAAAGGGGUUUCAUCACACCGCUUAUCAAGUGUUUGGGACCUAACGAGACCCAAGAAGUCCUCGCUGACGUCCAUGGCGGCAUCUGCGGACAACAUCUUGGUGCUAAAGCUCUCGCGAAAAAGGUCCUACGAGCAGGAUACUUUUGGCCUACCAUGUUGAAAGAUGCCUAA